AUGGCUAGAGAGUAUAAGAACUCUCUAGUGAAGACUCCGUUCGCUGAUAAUGUAUACUAUGUUGAUAGACCUAAAAAAUUUAAUAUGCCUUCCUUUACUCAAUUUGAUGGCAUAGGGGAUCCUUCCCGUCAUCUCGAUCAUUACUCACAGAAGAUGGCUUUAGAUAAUCACAACGAUGCGUUCAUGUGUAAAGUCUUCCCAACUAGUUUAAUGGGAGCCGCAUUGGAAUGGUUCAAGAAAAGGCCACACAAGUCCAUUCUGAACUACGAAACUUUGUGCGCCAUGUUCCUAGCUCAAUAUUGCGGAAACAAGAAGCAGAAGAAGACCAUCGCUAGUCUCUUUACUAUAAGACAGAAGAGAGGAGAAUCGUUACAGGAUUUCUGGUCCAGGUUUAACAUGGAGACCUCGGAGAUAGUAGAUUGUCAUCCUAAGGCUGCUAUAGAAACGUUCAAGAUCGGCAUGAUCCAGGGAACUAAGUUCCAUAUCUCCCUAGUCAAAUAUUCCCCUCAAGACAUGCUGACUUUCAAUGCUAGGGCACAAAUCUACAUUCGACUUGAGGAUAAUGUAGCCCAUCGAGCACAGUAUGCCACCCUUGUCAUUGUAGAAAAUAAGCCUCGGGAAAAAGUUUCAAGUUCAAAAAGUUAA